AGGGGGUGGUCCCUUUAAGUGGCCCUCCCUCCCUCCCUGUGGGAGCUGGGGCCUGGGAUUAUAUUUUCUGGUGGAAGCGGAAAGCCGGGCGCUUGGAGCCGGAUCCUGGGGCCUCGGGAGGUGGCGGGAGCCUGAGGCCGGGGCCUGGGACACAGGGAGCGGGAGACCGCGGAAAGGAGGCCCCAUGCCCGAGUUAAUCCAGGCAGCUGCAGUGACGAACGUGAGCUGAGGGACCUUUCGCCCGCACACCGCCGGCCAGCAUGCCUCCCCGCCCGUCCUCGGGGGAGCUAUGGGGCCUACACUUGAUGCCCCCCCGCAUUCUGGUGGACUGCUGUCUUCCUAACGGGAUGAUCGUCACGCUGGAGUGUCUGCGAGAGGCCACAUUGACUAGCAUCAAGCACGAACUUUUCCGGGAAUCUCGAAAGUACCCGCUCUUCCACCUCCUUCAGGAUGAGUCCUCAUACAUCUUUGUUGGGGUGACCCAGGAGGCGGAGCGGGAAGAGUUCUACGAUGAGACGCGGAGACUGUGUGACCUGAGGCUGUUCCAGCCGCUCCUGAAGGUGAUCGAGCCGGUGGGCAACAGGGAGGAGAAAAUCCUGAACCGAGAGAUAGGGUUUGCGAUUGGAAUGCCUAUCUGUGAAUUUGAGCUGGUGAAGGACCCAGAGGUCCAGGAUUUCCGCCGAAACAUCCUGAGCGUCUGCAAAGAGGCAGUGGAGCUUCGGGAUGCCAACGGUCCCCAGAGCCAGUCGCUGUACGUCUACCCUCCCAACGUGGAGUCCACAGCCGAUCUCCCCAAACACAUCUACAACAAACUGGAUAAAGGCCGCAUCAUCGUGACAAUCUGGGUGAUCGUGUCGCCCACCAAUGACAAGCAGAAAUACACGCUGAAGAUCCCGCACGAUUACAUGCCGGAGCAGGUGAUCGCAGAGGCCAUUCGCAAGAAGACCAGGAGCAUGCACCUGUCGCUGGAGCAGCUCAAACUCUGCGUGCAGGAGUACCAGGGCAAGUACAUCCUGAAAGUCUGCGGCUGUGACGAGUACUUGCUGGAAAAGUACCCCAUCAGCCAGUACAAGUACAUAAGAAGCUGCAUUAUGAUUGGCCGGUUACCCCACCUGAUGCUGAUGUCCAAGGAGAGUCUCUACAGCCAGUUGCCGGCCAACACGUUUGUCAUGCCCUCGUACGCCCGCCGUAUUUCCACCGCCACCUCCUAUAUGAACGGAGAGGUGCCCGCCAAAUCCCUGUGGUCCUUCAACAACCUGCUGCGGAUCAAGAUCCUGUGUGCCACCUAUGUGAACGUCAACAUCCGUGACAUUGACAAGAUCUACGUGAGAACAGGGAUCUACCACGGAGGUGAACCGCUCUGUGACAAUGUGAACACUCAGAGAGUGCCCUGCUCCAAUCCACGGUGGAACGAGUGGCUCUCGUAUGACAUCUACCUCAUUGACCUCCCACGUGCUGCCCGCCUCUGUCUCUCCAUCUGCUCCGUCAAGGGGAGGAAAGGGGCAAAGGAGGAACACUGUCCGUUGGCCUGGGGGAACGUCAACCUGUUUGACUACAUGGACAACCUGGUAUCUGGGAAGAUGGCCCUGAAUCUCUGGCCAGUGCCUCAUGGACUAGAAGAUCUCCUGAAUCCCAUCGGAGUGACAGGAUCAAACCCCAAUAAGGAAACCCCGUGCUUGGAGCUUGAGUUCAACUGGUUCAGUAACUCGGUGAAGUUCCCCGAUGCUGCGGAGAUAGAGGAACAUGCCAACUGGAGCAUGUCCAGGGAGCUGGGCUUCAACUACUGCCUGGUGGGACUGAGUAAUCGUCUGGCAAGGGACAGCAAUCUGACAGACAGUGAUAUUGAGCAGCUUCGCAAUAUCUACAACCGUGACCCACUGUCUGAGAUCACAGAGCAGGAGAAGGACUUCCUGUGGAGACACAGGCAUUACUGUGUCAACAUACCCGAGACGCUGCCCAAGUUACUGCUCUCUGUGAAGUGGAACUCGCGGGAUGAGGUGGCUCAGAUGUACUGCCUGCUGAAAGACUGGCCGCUUAUUAAACCAGAGCAGGCACUUGAGCUGCUGGACUGCAACUUCCCUGACCCAGUGGUGCGAGAGUUUGCAGUGAAGUGUUUGGUUAAAGGGCUGUCCGAUGAUCGUCUCUCACAGUACCUCAUCCAACUGGUUCAAGUCCUGAAAUACGAACAGUAUCUGGACAACCCACUGGGGAGGUUCCUGCUAAAGAAAGCCUUGACCAACCAGAGGAUAGGUCACUUCUUCUUCUGGCAUCUUAAGUCGGAAAUGCACAACAAGACGGUGAGCCAGAGGUUCGGCCUGCUGCUGGAGUCUUUCUGCCGAGCGUGUGGCAUGUACCUGAAGCAUCUCAUUCGGCAGGUGGAAGCCAUGGAGAAACUCAUCAACCUGACAGACAUCCUCAAGCAAGAAAAAAAAGACGAGACCCAGAAGAUGCAGAUGAAAUUCCUGGUGGAGCAGAUGAGUCGUCCGGAUUACAUGGAGGCUCUCCAAGGAUUUAUCUGUCCGCUCAACCCUGUGCACCAACUAGGCAACCUGAGACUGGAGGAGUGUAGGAUCAUGUCCUCGGCGAAACGGCCCCUUUGGCUGAACUGGGAAAACCCCGACAUCAUGUCAGAGCUCCUCUUCACCAACAACGAGAUCAUCUUCAAGAACGGGGAUGAUCUGCGACAGGAUAUGCUGACCCUGCAAAUCAUUCGAAUCAUGGAGAAUAUUUGGCAAAAUCAGGGCCUGGAUCUCCGGAUGCUGCCCUAUGGCUGCCUGUCGAUAGGUGACUGUGUGGGUCUGAUCGAGGCUGUCAGGAGUUCCCACACCAUCAUGCAGAUUCAGUGCAAGGGUGGCUUGAAGGGCGCUCUGCAAUUCAACAGCCACACGCUGCACCAGUGGCUGAAGGACAAGAACAAAGGAGAGGCUUAUGAUGCUGCGAUUGAUUUAUUCACCCACUCCUGCGCUGGGUACUGUGUGGCCACGUUCAUUCUGGGGAUUGGAGACAGACACAACAGUAACAUCAUGGUGAAGGAUGAUGGCCAGCUGUUUCACAUCGACUUUGGCCACUUUCUGGACCACAAGAAGAAGAAGUUUGGCUACAAGCGGGAGCGUGUGCCUUUUGUUUUGACCCAGGAUUUCCUCAUUGUCAUCAGUAAGGGUGCACAGGAGUGCACCAAAACCAAGGAGUUUGAGCUGUUCCAGGAAAUGUGCUAUAAGGCAUACCUUGCCAUCCGACAGCACGCCAACCUCUUCAUCAACCUAUUCUCCAUGAUGCUGGGCUCAGGCAUGCCUGAGCUGCAGUCCUUCGACGAUAUCGCCUACAUCCGCAAGACCCUGGCUCUGGACAAAAUGGAGCAGGAGGCCUUGGAGUAUUUCACCAAGCAGAUGAACGAUGCCCACCAUGGCGGGUGGACCACCAAAAUGGACUGGAUCUUCCACACCAUCCGUCACAUGCCCUGAGCGGCCUCUUGACCGGGGCAGUCGGUGCAAACAGUGUGUUCUCUGAAGUCAGCGGCCCUGCAGGCAAGGGACCUGUUGUUUUACUGACUUGAAUGAGCGUUACCCUGGACACCAGGCAACAUUCCUACCCUGGGGAUUGUCUAUAACCAAUCUCUUCCUAACACUACGUUAUUAACCUCUGAUAACCAACUAGGAGUUGAACUCUCAAUUGGGUCUGGGUCAAAUAUUUCCUUUCU